AUAUAUUGCACUUUCCAAUCUUGCUCUUUGUUGGGUUGGUGGUGCUAUUUUGGAAUCAAAGUAUGGCACCACUCACUAUGUGUUUGAGUGUGCUUCUCUUAUUGGCAUUCUCAGGCAUUGCCACUUCUCAGACAAUCGUUGAGACUCUACCUGGGUGGAAUGGGACACUUCCCUUCAAACUUGAAACAGGUUACAUUGCGGUGGAUGAUUUGGAUGAGGUGCAACUAUUCUACUAUUUCGUCGAGUCGGAGAGAAACCCAAUUGAUGAUCCUCUUGUGCUUUGGCUUACUGGAGGCCCUGGAUGUUCCGGGUUUUCUGCAAUGGCUUACGAAAUUGGUCCAUUUAGUUUUGAUCUGCAUUACAAUGGAAGCAUACCCACUAUAAUUUUGAAUCCAUAUUCAUGGACCAAGGUGGCCAACAUAAUCUUUAUAGAUGCACCAGUUGGUGCUGGGUUUUCGUACUCUACAACCUCGGAAGGGUACUAUACUUCCGAUACAAAAUCAGCUGCACAGACCUAUACUUUCUUAAGAAAGUGGUUAUAUGCACACCCAAGUUUUCAGGGAAAUCAACUGUACAUUGGUGGUGACUCAUAUUCAGGACUUAUUGUUCCCAUUCUUCUUAAGAAUAUACUAGAAGGUUUAGAGUCUGGGUUAAGGCCAAGAAUGCAACUCCAAGGAUACUUGCUUGGAAAUCCAGUUUCAGAUUCUUUUAUUGAUGUAAAUGAGAGAAUCCCAUAUGUUCACCGAGUGUCACUCAUUUCAGAUGAAAUCUAUGAGGCUGCUAAAACUAAUUGCAGUGGGGACUAUGUCAAUGUGGAACUUAACAAUACACUUUGUGUUACUGCUCUUCAAAAAAUUAAAGAUUGUCUUCUACAAAUAAAUCUUGCACAAAUUUUGGAACCCCAAUGUGCUUUUGCAUCUGGUAGAACAACUGAGUUGGAGUGGGAUCUUAGAGCUCGAGAAGCAAGUACUAUGGAUUACCUCCUUUCAGAGUCUAAGCUACCUGAAUUGCCUUGCCGGGGAUAUACAUAUGUGCUUGCCUAUAGGUGGAUGAACGAUGAAACAGUUCGGGCAGCUCUAGGUGUUCGAAAUGGAACAGUCGAGAAUUGGGUACGAUGCCCCAAGGCCUUGGCAUACUACACAGAAGACAUCACAAGUUCUCUUGCGUAUCAGAAAAAUCUAUCAGAAACAGGUCUUCGAGCUUUGAUAUACAGUGGUGAUCAUGACAUAUCAGUUCCAUGGAUUGCUACACAAUAUUGGAUCAAAGCUCUUGAUAUAGCUGUUUUUGAUGAAUGGCGACCGUGGUAUGUCAACGGUCAAAUUGCAGGAUACCAAGUGAAGUUCAUGAAUGAUAACUUCAGGUUGACUUACGUGACUGUAAAGGGUGCUGGUCACACUGCUCCAGAGUACAAACACAAGGAAACACUUGCCAUGUUUGACAGAUUUUUAGCACGUUACCCCAUCUAGUUGAUCAUUAAUGCUGUGAUCACUUGGUAUCUACUCUGAAUAAUUUUCUUGUACGUAGUUUCAUUUUGUGUAGUCAGAGCAUUGAUUUUUUCCUUUUGUAUUGUAAUAAAUCUCAACGUCCUGCUUUGUCAUGAGUGUACUUCGUAAAAAGACCUUACAUAUUUUCAGUGAAAUAUAAUGUAAAUUAGGAUUAUACA